CCGUUUCAGCAACCAAAGACGCGCGGCGAUAAGCGAACCCGUCCACGUCCCCCGGCGCAUCUGUGGCCAGCUCUAAUUAUCUGCCCACGCCAGGAUGCGCCGCUCCGCUCCGCCGAGGCGGAGAGAUGUUUCCGCCUGCUUGUCAUUACCGCUCUCCUGACCGCUGCAAGCAGACGCGCCGCCGCUCAUCAAGUUUCUCCGCCGCGCGCCUCCGUGUUUCUAACCGCGCGACCUGCCCCCCCCCCCCUCUCUUUUUUUUUCUCGCCACCCCUGCAGGAAGUGUCCGUACUUGUGCGUUACUAUGCGAUCAGAGGGGCCGGAGGUCGGCGCAGCCCGGGACUGAUCGCUCACCGACGCCGCGCGCCUCUUCCUCUUCCUCGGACGCGUCUCGGGAGGCACAGCCGCCGCCGCUCCGGCUCUCUUUGGCCGUGCCAUGUUGACGCGAAAGACGUCGUUGACGGACAAGCAGGCUAAAAACGGCACGUCAAAAUAUGUGUUGGAGAGAUGCGCCUCUAUUAACGAGUACUAUGAUAUCGCCUUCAAGGUGAUGCUGCUGGGAGAUUCGGCGGUGGGGAAGACGUGCAUCUUGGUGCGCUUUAAAGACGGCGCCUUUCUGGGAGGCAACUUUAUAGCCACCGUUGGAAUAGACUUUAGGAACAAAGUGGUGGACGUCGACAACCUGAAAGUCAAGAUGCAGAUCUGGGACACGGCUGGUCAGGAGAGAUUCCGCAGCGUAACGCACGCCUACUACAGAGAUGCUCAGGCACUACUGCUAGUUUACGACAUCACCAGCAAGCCAUCGUUUGACAACAUCAGGGCUUGGCUGACAGAAAUACACGAGUUUGCCCAGAAGGAUGUGGUCAUCAUGUUGCUCGGCAACAAGUCAGACAUGGCUGCAGAGAGGGUGGUGAAGACAGAGGACGGAGAGAAGCUGGCGAAGGAAUAUGGAGUGCCGUUUAUGGAGACCAGUGCGAAGACGGGAGUUAACGUGGAGCUGGCUUUUCUCGCAAUAGCAAAGGAGCUGAAGCACAGAGCGACGCAGCAGCCCAACGAGCCCAAGUUCAAGAUGCACGACUACAUCGAGUCUCGGAAGCACAAGUCUGGGUGCUGCAGCCACGGCUAGCCGAUCUCCAAGGCCGCACGAAGAGACGGGUGCAGGAUGAAGGAAGACGGAGGGGAGGGAUGGGUGGGAUUUGAAGAUGGGGUGGAGGUAAAAGAAUAAAGAAAAAUGUCUGAUCUCUCUUAUGAAAAGCCAAUCCAAGCAACCAUACGCCCCCCCCCCCCCCCCCCCCUGAGAGGCGGAUGUUCUCGACCUCUGCCCAGAGCUUAUGGCCGAGUGAAAGCGAAUCUGGACUUACUGCCAUCCUUUUGCUGAAAUGUGAAUUUAAAUAGUUUGUGUAAUGUGUAGAAACGUUUGUGAUCUUUGUGGUGACAGUUGUGUCCGAGUGCAAAUCAGGAGUUCCAAUCUGAAACGCUUUAGGGACUCCCUCGACAAACGGCAGGUUUUCAUGGAUCAUUCAAAUGACUGUUGAUGUGGAUAUAGCAUUUUUUAUUUUUUUAUUUUGUUUUGCAACCAGGGUUUUCGUCAUUCCAGUUUGAUCAGGCUGUGAACUGAAGCCCCUCCUCCUGGCCUUAUGGUCUUCAUCUUCAAUCGAGAGCUCACAGUGGGAUUGUAGCUAAAUGGCCCCGUCUGUUCACAUCUGUAACGCUGUUAGAUAGAAUAAAGCCAAUACUUUGAGGGCAAUUACCAAACCUCGUGUCUGUCUGUACGUUCGUAUCAAGAGACUAUAGAUGACUAUAGAUGACUAUAGAUGUACAGUUCCAGUUAGAAGUCUACAUCAUGCUCAUCAUUUGUGUAAUGUCGCUUUUAUUUAGGCUUUUAAUACUAUUUUAACUGUUCUUUUUUUAUGUGGCCAUGUUUUACAACAUUAAACUUCAUUGAUUUUCC